CGAGGUUCGUUGAAUCUGCAUCGCGGAAAGACAACGAUCGCCAGUCUCCGUUCCUUUCCUCUCUACUGCAGCUAUUCGCAGUGAUAUCACCUUUGUCUCUGCCGCUCGUUUUUGUCGUCCAAAGCGUCUAAACCCGCUUUCAACAACCAAAACGCAGCGAGGUGGGGUGAAAAUCUAUCAGCGCCCCCACAAAACAUCUGAAAUAUUCUACGACGGCACAACAGCACAGCACUAAGCGCGAUACAAAAGACAGCCAGGAAGACCUGAGUAAAAGUAGCCGCAAUCAUGGCGCCGAGCUUUGAUCAUCUCCCAGACCCGGAGGACGAUGAGUUCGAUGAGGAUGAGCUGGACUUUUCGGACCUUCGAGAAAGAUUUGAAGUCCAGCUUGAGCAAGGACUGGAUACAUUUGUGGUCAUCGACGGACUGCCAGAAGUCACGGAGGAAACGAAGCCCAAGUUGAUCAAGUUCUUAUUGAGAAAGUUGAACGCAGUUGGAAGAACGCGCGAGGAUUCUAUAUUCAUGCCCAUUGGCGACGAUGGAAAAUCACACAAAUUCGCUUUCGUUGAAUACUCCACUCCCGCAGAGGCGCUCGCUGCUUGCAAAAGCCUCGACGGUGUUCCGCUCGACAAGAAGCACACCCUCCGAGUCAACAAAUUGACGGAUAUUGAUCGAUUUGGGCGGGAGGGUCGUAUUGACGAACACUACACUCCUCCAAAGAUCGAGGAGUUCCAAGAGAAGGAGCAUCUGAGAUCAUGGUUGGCGGAUCCUAGCGGCCGUGGACGCGACCAGUUUGUCAUGUACACCGACGACAGAGUGCGAGUUUUCUGGAACAAUGAGAAGGACCCACCCGAGCCGAUUGUUGACCGCCAACACUGGACUGAGUCUUUUGUGCAAUGGUCCCCACAAGGAACGUAUCUGACAUCCAUGCAUCAGCAGGGUGUGCAGCUCUGGGGUGGACCAUCAUGGACUCGACAGAAGCGUUUCGCGCAUCCUUUCGUCAACCUGGUCGAUUUCUCACCUGGAGAGAAGUAUUUGACAACAUGGUCAAAUCGACCUAUCUCGAUUCCCGAAGAGGGUCAUCCAGCAUUGUCAGUCGAUGAUGAUGGCAAGAACUACGUUAUCUGGGAUAUCGAGACUGGCAAACCACUUCGAUCCUUUGCAAAUAUCGACCUCCCAAGUAACGCCAAUGAUGAAGCAGGUCAGCCUAUAAAGAGAAAGAUCGUAUGGCCAGCUUUCAAAUGGUCAGCCGACGACAAAUAUGUUGCACGUUUGACACAAGGCACCUCUAUUUCGGUUUACGAGCUUCCUCGUAUGAACCUUCUAGACAAGACCACAAUUAAGAUUGAGGGUGUUAUGGAUUUCGAAUGGGCUCCAGCUACACCCCACCGAGAAGGUGUCAAGACCUACGAGCAACUGUUCUGCUAUUGGACUCCCGAGAUUGGCAGCAAUCCCGCAAAGGUCGGUCUGAUGAGCAUCCCCUCCAAGGAAGUUGUCAGAACCUUGAACUUGUUCAGUGUUACGGAUGCAAAGCUUCACUGGCAGUCAGAAGCGUCGUACUUGUGUGUAAAGGUUGAUCGCCAUUCAAAAUCCAAGAAAUCCUUGGCUACCAGUCUUGAAAUUUUCCGAAUUCGAGAGAAGGGAGUACCUGUCGAAGUCGUUGAUUCCAUCAAGGAUACCGUUAUAAACUUCGCUUGGGAGCCAAAGGGUGACCGAUUCGUAAUCAUCACUACAGCUGAGGUCGUUGCACCUACAGCUGUUCCUCCUAAGACAUCCGUUUCUUUCUACUGCCCAGAAAAGGUCAAGGGCCCUGGUGUUGGCAACUUUAAGCACAUCCGAACAUACGACAAGAAGAACAGCAAUGCCAUCUACUGGUCACCAAGAGGUCGUUUUGUCAUUGUUGCUACCGUUCACUCGCAGCAAAGCUUCGAUAUGGAGUUCUUCGAUAUGGACUUCGAGGGCGAGAAGCCGGAGAGCGACAAGGAUUUGACCGCCAACCUCCAGCUCAUGAACACCGCUGAACACUACGGUGUCACCGACAUCGACUGGGAUCCCACUGGACGAUUCGUCGCCACCAGUGCCAGUAUCUGGAAGCAUACCAUGGAAAACGGCUACCACCUGUACGACUUCAAGGGUGAGCAACUGCGCGAAGAGCCCGUCGAGAAAUUCAAGCAGUGGCUCUGGCGCCCACGCCCACCCACGCUCCUUACCAAGGAAGAGCAGAAGCAGAUCCGCAAGAACCUCCGUGAAUACAGCAAGAUCUUCGAGCAAGAGGAUGCUGACCGCGGCGCCUCGGCUGACUUGGCUGUCGUUGAACACAGGAGGAGACUGUUGGAGGAGUGGAUGUCAUGGCGCGCAAGCAUCGAGGAGGAAGUCAAGGAGGAGCGCGCAGCUCGGGGACUCCCACUCGAUCCGCUCGAGGGUAUCAUCAAGAAGACCACCGAGGGCGAGGACCAGAUCAUCGAGGAGAUCGUCGAGGAGAUCGUCGAGGAGACCGAAGAGAUCGUGCCGUGAAUUUAGUUGGGAGCCGAUGUAUAACGAGAGGAUUUUCCAUAGUUUCCAUAG